CGCCUCUGGUCACGAAGCUUGAAGGGCGGUUCAACAGGCUUAGAUGAAAGGUUAGCGGAGAGAGUUUUUCCCAUUAAAUUGCUCCUUUUUUCAAUUUCAAAGUCCCAACACACCUGGAAGAAGAUCGAAGAAAUCAGCAAACAAGUUCCCAUAGCAAGUUUGACAAUGGGGAACGAUUUGCAGGUUAAUUCAACCUUUACCCCAAGAAAUGAAUCCAACACUACCAACACUACCAGCGGCUACACUCCUACAGAUCCUGUACCUCUGUUCAGGCAGCCUCAGGAGGCAAGCAGCGUCUGGGCUCAAUUAAAAGCUCUUGCCUGUAUCAGUUCUCUGGCUUUUCUCCUCAACCUAGUCUUUAUCAUAGUAACGUCAAUAAGACUCAGAACUGUACCAUACAUGUUCAUCCAAAAUUUCAUGGUUAUCGACAUUGUCAGUGCCUUGGUAACAGCCGGACCUUGGGCUGCAGGUGUUUGGGUCGAUUUUUUCGGGCUGGGAAUGAUACCGUUCUUAUGUCGCAUCCAGGGAUUCUUCCACAACACUCUGGCAACAGUGUUCCUAGCAACAGUCGCUCUCAUUGCAAUAAGCCGAUUCCUGUAUGUCAAGUCCCCGAGUGCCUACUGUAUGUUUUUCAUCAACAAGCCCGUUGUCCGUCUACUGAUGUUCACGAUCUGGUUCGGUGCAGGUUUCCUGGCGUCCCCACCCUUGAAUCCAAACACAUGGGGAGCCUAUGACAAGUUUGAAGGAACAUGCUGGCUGUCUUGGGAGAAGGGCAACCUCGCCACCCUUUCCUACUCUACUUUUCAUACUCUGAUCACUCUCGGCCCUGCAAUUUUCUUCACCAUUCUGGCGAUCACCGUAACUGUCCUGAAAAAGAACUCCAUCCACCCUACGCCGACGGCAUCCUCCAUGCCGGUGAGCACCCAACCAAGACUGCCAACCCCAACACCUACAAUGGCUGGGUCUUUCAGGGGAGGAACUCACCUCCUCAACUUGGAGGUGCUGCACAUCUCAUGCGCAAUGUUUCUGUUGUACCUUAUCCUUUGGAGUGCCAUUACCGCCGUGGAAUCUCUUUUCAUCGUGGAUUGGCGUAACGUGGAUUACAGGGUGGUGAUUGUCUUAACCUUCCUGUAUCAGAGCCGGAGCCUAUUCCAUCCAUUCUUCUACAUCUUUCUGAGUGCAGAGAUCAGAAAUUCGUUUGCCAGGUGUACAAGCAAGGAGCACGCUGCUACUCUGUCGCAGUCCGUCACAAAAAUCCAAGACCCUGGACAGUGAGUUCCACAUCUUUGGAGGUGACACUGCAAAACAGCUGUGUGACAUUAUCUGAAACAUUCUCCGAAGCCCUUACCUUCGUCGUGUAAAUACAAUCAAAACCCUUUUAUUCUUAAAUGUUACUUAAGUUAUGUAAAUGCGUUAAGAUGUCAUGAGCAAGUUCU